ACAAGAACCUAACGCCUGAGGGUUGGAAGGCAAGCCAAGUUCUCUACCAGUGAGCUACCACCCAGCAUUCCAUAUGGAAUUUGAGGUGAUUAAAUGGCUCAUGCCUGCCAGGUGUUUAACAAUGCUGGCACCCAGAGGAAACACUCAACCCCUUUUAGGUCAUUCUUAUCAUUUUUUAUCACUAUGGUUUAUCAUCAUUAUUAUGGGAAAUUGUGCUUCGUUUAUUGUGGUUCAUUAAUCAUCUUAACGAACACCAGAAAAGAAAAAAAAAUAGAACGAUUCCUUUCAUUCCCAAAGCUGGCCUCACAUGAGCAGCAGGGGGACAAGGUUUUACCAGGAAAAAAGGUGUAAAGAGAGAUUUGCCUGAAUCUCAAAGUGCUCAUAGUGAACUUGAGCCCACCCGCUCUCCCCUGGGAUCAGCCCCAGGCACUGGAGGGGCCCCCCUGCAGAGAAGGAGCCCAGUGGUCUGGCUCACGUCCAGCGGUCCAGCGGGUGGAGCCCGAGAGUCCUGGGCUGCCUGGCGGAGGGCCGAUAAGGAGACUGCACAUCAGCGCGCGCAGAGGAGACCCUCUAGGAGCGGGAAGGGCUUCUUUUCUUUUUUGUUUUUUCCUAAUUCUUUGUUCACAUAGUGCCCACGACUUUACUUUAUUUCUGCCAUAGUGGAACAAGCCACAAAACUGAGGUCGAAGAAGAAUGGGGAAGAAAGGGACUUUUCAUUUCAGUGUUAGUUUCUGCUCUGCACCUCCGUCUGCUAACAUUUUAAAGGCUGUGCAUCCUGGGCUUAUUACCUGAAAGAGGAACAACCAGGGAAGCAUUUGUGGGUUUGUUUGUUUGUUUGUUUUCCUGCACAGGCAACAGAUAGCAAUAACUUGUGUCCCCCUUGUCUCUGCUCCCUCUCCCACCGCCCUGAGCCUUGUCCUCAUACCAGAGCAGAAGCGUCAACUCCAACAUAUUCCCAUUGCAAGAGAAGUCAUUUGUUGUUUAAAUGGCACUCUGUGGAUCCUUUUUGGUUACAAAUCUUUCCAAAAUAAACAUUUCAAGGUGGGGGUAGGAAAUGGCAUAGAAGAGGAAAAGUGAAUUUGAGUUUGCUUAUCACUGAGUAAAGACCCCUGGAUGCCGUGGAGACAUCACAGAACCAUUGGCACCAUGUCAAAAGAAGAGAAAGCAAGGGCACUUGAGACACUGAGGCCAGUCAGGCCCCACCCUACCCCCCUGUGUUGUCUGGCAUUGAUGAAAUGGGAGGAGAAAGCCAGUUCACAGACCUGAAGAGCAGACUGUGGGUAUAAAAGGGUGAGGUGCCUCUCCUGCACCACCUCUUCCUUCUGAGAGAGCCUGGCCACUCUUUAUCAGGCGUUGCCUUCUGCCACUGGGAGCCAGCCGCAGGGAAGGAUGAGUGAACAGUCUUUGCUUGGUGGUACUGAUGACGUCCAUCACGGUCCUCUUUGGAUAGACCCUUUUGGAAAUAAAGCCCGUGAGGCAACACCAGGAGGCUUCAGACGACUAAGCUUGGCUCUGGCACUCAGGUGGAAAGAACAGGACCCAGAGGAAGAGAUGGCCUUGGAAGACAGUCCCACCAUGGUUAAAGUAGACCGGGGUGAAAACCAGGUUUCAUCAUGUCGGGGGAGACGCUGUGGCUUCAGAGUGUUUGGCUAUGUCACUGGUGAUAUGAAAGAAUUUGCCAACUGGCUUAAAGAUAAGCCCGUGGUGCUCCAGUUCAUGGAUUGGAUUCUCCGUGGCAUAUCCCAGGUGGUGUUCGUCAGCAACCCCAUCAGUGGAAUCCUGAUUCUGGUGGGACUUCUGGUCCAGAACCCCUGGUGGGCUCUCUGUGGCUGUGUAGGAACUGUGGUCUCCACUCUGACAGCCCUCUUGCUGAGCCAAGACAGGUCAGCGAUAGCAGCCGGGCUCCACGGCUACAACGCCACCCUUGUGGGAAUCCUCAUGGCUGUCUUCUCGGACAAGGGCGACUAUUUCUGGUGGCUGAUAUUCCCUAUAUCUGUAAUGUCUAUGACUUGCCCACUCUUCUCAAGUGCACUGAACUCCGUGUUCAGCAAAUGGGACCUCCCUGUCUUCACGCUCCCUUUCAACAUGGCGCUGUCUAUGUACCUUUCGGCCACGGGACAUUACAAUGCAUUCUUUCCGAGCAAACUCAUCACACCCGUCACCUCCGUGACCAAUAUCACAUGGACUGAGCUGAAUGCCCUUGAGUUAUUGAAGUCCCUUCCAGUGGGAGUUGGUCAGAUAUACGGCUGUGAUAACCCAUGGACGGGGGGCAUUUUCCUCUGUGCCAUUCUCCUUUCCUCCCCACUCAUGUGCCUGCAUGCUGCUAUCGGAUCCCUGCUGGGUGUCAUUGCAGGACUCAGUCUCGCAGCUCCGUUUGAAGACAUCUAUGCUGGGCUCUGGGGUUUCAACAGUUCUCUGGCCUGCAUUGCAAUUGGAGGCAUGUUCAUGGCACUCACCUGGCAGACCCACCUCCUGGCUCUCGCCUGUGCCCUGUUUACCGCCUACGUCGGAGCCUGCAUGACACACCUGAUGGCUGUGGUACGUUUGCCUGCUGGUACUUGGGCCUUCUGUUUGGCCACGCUACCGUUUCUCUUGCUGACCACGAAAAACCCCGACAUCUACAGGAUACCUCUCAGCAAAGUCACCUACUCUGAAGAGAACCGCAUCUUCUACCUACAAAACAAGAAAAGGGUGGUUGAAAGCCCUCUGUAAAAGGAACUCCACAUGAUAGCUGUGGUCAUUAAUCAUUUCCAAGUGCAGCUCCAGAAGGCUUCCAGAUUCUCAGUAACUGCUUUUCACCACAGGGAACAACUUUCAGACUAUCAGUGACCCAUUCGUUUGUUUGCUUUGUGUUUUUCUUUUUGACUGUAUAUUGUCAAGCACAUGAAAACCCUGUCCAGGUGAUGUUCUCUGGAAUGGAAUUUAAACCCAUCUGUGUGCUAGGGGUGGGGUAGCAUGAAGAUUGUAAUGUAUUUAUAAAGUCGACAUGGUCCAAGAGAAAGAAGAAAUGGAAGCAGAAUAAUUAUUAUUUAAACUACCUUUGAUGUCAGUAUUAAGCGUUAAGUUCUGUAGCCAUCUAAGCCUUACAGAAUUCACGGGCACAGAAACAAAGCGAACCCAAAAAGUCCUCAGGUAAACAGUUUGCUUUCAGAAUCAAGCCAAGUGACUCGCAGCAGCCAUGACCAACAUUGCAGUGAGUAGGUUGCCGGUAGGGCAGUGGCUUCCGCACUAUAGUAAAGUGUGACAUUUACUAAAUGAGGAUGAUUAGGUUUUUUUUUCAAGCUGCCAGAGCUGUGGAGAGGACUUUGUUGGUCAAAAUAGUUUUGAAUUGCUGCUCUUGGCAUUUCAAAACUUCAGGGAGAGUUUAUUUAUUCUUCUUAUGAAAAAAAAAACACCUUUUUUUCACUGAUAUGUUUGUAGCUAGCCAGUUCCUAGAAAUUAAAUAAAAUAUGUAUGUAUGGAAUACUUAGCAUAGUUGCUUUUACUUUAAUUGUUAUAUUAGUUUUUAGUUGGGGGGUGUCUUGCUAUGUAGCCCAGGCUAGCCUAGAAGGCAGCACCCCUCUGCUUCCAUUCCCUGAACACUGGGACUAUGUGUUAGUUUUUUAAGUGUUUCAGAUACAUGGCAAUUUCAUUAACCUCAAGAGCCUUUUAUAGUCACAUCUUUAAUGAAUCUGAGGACAUCUAGGCCCUGGCUGUCAAGUCACACAUAGUCUUCAAGAGUUCUUUAAUUUCUUAAAAAAAAAAAAAAGACAUUCUUUUCUGCACACUAUGCUCUGUUUGAGAAACUAGUGGUAUUGGAACCACCUGAAAGAAAUACAGGGAGGGGGAUUCUCCAGGUUUUCGCUUUAGAUUUUUUUUUUAAUUUAAAAGUUGUAGCUUCUGUAAAAAUUCUAUGACCAAUCACGCCAAAGAGGACAGCAGAAAGUUCCACUUGCCGCCUGCCGUCUGCCCAAUGAAAUUUAUUGUUUGAAGUUUGGGAAAGUAAAAACUUAAAUCCUAAAGAUUUAUUUUUCCUGUUGAGUAUGUUGUUCAUGCCUGAAAUCCUAGCACUCAGGCAGCUGAGGCAGAAGGACCACACAUUGAAGGCAGUGUGGGCUACACUGAAUGGCCCUAUCUCAACAAACAAACAACAACAACAACAAGAAGAAACACUUUCCCCCCUUUCAAUAGUCAGUGUUAUCCAGGCAGUGGUGGGGCAAUCAUUUAAUUAGAGGCAGGCGAAUCUGUGAGUUUGAGGCCAGCCUGGUCUACAGAGUGAGUUCCAGGACAGCCAGAGCUACACAAAGACACCCUUUCUGGAAAAACAAAAGCAAAAACAUAGUAAGCGCUGAGAAGACAAUACAGUUUGCUGAAGGGCUGAAGUCAGGUGGUAGGAAAGCCUGGACAAACGCCUUAGGGAGCCCAUCACCCUCCCUCUCCUCAGGAUAACAAAUCCUGAGAACUGGGACCAUUUUUACAUCCUGUGACCAAAGCCUUUGAAGCCAUGAAUCUACAACUGUCACUGGUUCCUGAGAUGUCCUAUGGAAAAUCCGAAUUUCCAGAGUUUGAACUGAAAUUUUCCUAUUUGGAAUUUGUGAAAUAUGGGUUGAGAACAGCAGGAAGAGAAGGGUAAGCAAAGAACCCCCCAGAAGUGAAGAAGUUGCAACCUAGCAGAACAGACUGGAGCGCUUUCCCCUAUGCCCCUGAGCCCACCUCAGAAACAGAGUUCUAACUCACCUAAGCCCGUGCUGUCUCAAACCUUCAAAUGGGAACAAGCUUAAAGUCUUCUCUAUUAUUUUAUUUAUAUAAUAUUAAUGUCUUUAAAGUAUUUUUGUUACUAAGUAUUAUCCUAAAGUUAUACGAAAACUCUUAGGGCUCCUUUGUACCUUUUUUGCUAUUGUCUGUGUAACAGACUCCUGUGUAAACAUAUGAAUAAAUUAUAUUCACGGCUCA